GCGAGGGAAGGGUCACCGGGGGACGCCGCCGGGGGCUGCGUUGUAGAGGAGGCCGGCGGCGGAACGCCCCCGCUCCGCAUGGUUGCCGGCAGAGAGGGCUUACUGCCGGCAGAAGGGGAGCCUGGAUACAGUCCUGUGCCCCCCGCUCUCUCCCCGACACCGUGUCCCGGCGGUCGUGCGGAGGAACCCUGCUGUCGGCCAGCGUUGCCUUUGUGUCCUGGAGUCGCUGCCAUGUCCCGGAGCCUGCAGGCACCCGGCUCUGCCAGGAUCGGGGAGCGAGGAGCGGGGAAGGCGGGGCUGGAAGGAUCUACCCCGGCUCUGCUGAGGCAAAACAACGUGCGCUUUCUGCCUCUUGUUUUUUUUAGCAGACGUCACUGGCAAUCCCCUAAUUUAGGGGAGACUGAGUCAUCACUUCUGAGCGCCCAGACUCGCUGGUGCAGUCGCUGCUCAGUGAGGCCCUGACGCUGUGCUCGCUGCAGGAGCGGCGGCCUGGCUGGGCACCUCAGCGUCUGAGCCCCUGCUAAAUGAUUCUGCUGCUGCCAUCAGCUUGGGUGUGAAUGCCCAGAAUUGGGGUUCUCAGGGCAGAACAGGCAGCUGUUUAGCAAUACUUCCAGUAUCCUCCCUCCCAUCUUCCAUUGGGAGACCUGCACCCAAAUACUUUCUGAGGAGUGGAGACGGUACCACAGACCAAACUUUUUGAACUGAUACCGACCCGCUGUUUCAGGCAGAUGUCAGAGGGAACUUCCUUGUUUUCUGAAGAUCCCUGUACAGCUGCGGGCCAACCGUGUAUGACCAUGCACACCUCGGGCACGCCUGCUCCUAUGUUAGGUUUGAUAUAAUUCGAAGGAUAAUGACAAGGUUUUUUGGAAUUGAAGUUAUCAUGGUGAUGGGGAUCACAGACAUAGAUGACAAGAUAAUAAAAAGAGCCAAUGAGAUGAAUAUAUCGCCAGUAGCUCUUGCUCGUAUUUAUGAAGAAGACUUUAAACAAGAUAUGGCUGCUUUAAAGGUCCUUCCUCCUACGGUAUAUAUGAGGGUGACUGACAAUAUUCCUCAAAUAAUUUCCUUUAUAAAAACAAUAAUUUCCAGUGGACAAGCUUAUGCAACCUCGCAAGGCAACGUUUAUUUUGAUGUUAAGUCCUGGGGAAAAAGAUACGGAGUGUUAACUGCUAUUAACCCUGAUACCCAAGAUGAAGCAAUUGAUUCUGAUAAACGACAUGAUAAAGAUUUUGCCCUGUGGAAGGCUGCCAAGCCUCAAGAGCUGUCUUGGAAUUCUCCCUGGGGAAAAGGACGGCCUGGAUGGCACAUUGAAUGUUCCACAAUAUCAAGUGCAGUGUUUGGAAGGCAGCUGGACAUCCAUACUGGUGGAAUAGAUCUUGCAUUUCCUCAUCAUGAAAAUGAAAUUGCACAGUGUGAGGUGUAUCAUCAGUGUGAGCAAUGGGGGAAUUACUUUCUGCAUUCUGGGCAUUUGCAUGUUAAAGGAAGUCAAGAAAAAAUGUCAAAGUCAUUAAAAAACUACAUAACGAUUAAGGAUUUCCUGAAGAAAUGUUCGUCAGAUCAAUUCAGAAUGUUUUGUUUGCGUGGCAGAUACAGCUCAGCAGUAGAAUUUAGUGAGGAGAGCAUGGAAGAUGCAAAGAACCUUCUUCAGGCAAUCUCCUCAUUUAUUAGAGAUGCAAAUGCUUAUAUAAAAGGACAGCUGGUGUGUGACCCUGUUAGAGAAGACAUAUUGUGGGAAAGGCUAGCCAACACAAAAGUAACCGUGAAGGCUGCGUUUGCAGAUGACUUUGACACCUCCAGGGCUGUUGCAGCAAUUAUGGACCUCAUUCACCAUGGCAACAGACAGCUUAAGGCUGUUACUAAGGAUGCUGGAUCUCCUAGAAGCUCUGUUGUGUAUGGAAGCAUUACUUCCUAUAUUGAAGGCUUUUUCAGUGCCCUUGGGAUGUCCUUUGAAGAAAGACAGGUGGCUGUGGGAGGAGACAAGUCUGCAGUGCUCUCCAGCGUCAUUGAAGAGCUGGUGAGGUUCCGCUCGAAGGUGCGGCAUUACGCGCUGGCUCUGCCGGAAGCAGCAGACGCUGCGCCACUGGAGGGUGCGGCGGGAGCCCAGGGAUCCAAACAGGAGCAGAAGGAAAAGAGGAAGCAGUUAAUGCAGGAGAGAAAGCCCCUCCUGGAGGCUUGUGACAGUCUGCGUGGAGACCUUGCUGCCUUUGGAAUUCACAUAAAGGACAGAGCUGCUGUUUCAACCUGGGAAAUUGUGGAAGGAGGGCAGACAGAGAAGCAGACUGAGAAAAAAAGCUGAUCCUUCAUCCUUGGACUUGUUUUAUAUUUCAGCUACUUCAGCAACUGUUGUAAAUACUAAUUCUUUCAAAAUAAAAUCUGUUGAACAGAAUGGCUAAAAA